AUGGCCCGUUGUUUGACUCUGGAAUUGAAGCUGCAUGGGGUUAUUGUCAGCGGGCCCGCUCUCAAGCUCCCCGCCGAAGUGCACGUACGAGAAGAAGAGAAAGUACGAGAGGACCGCAACAUAAACGACCACCACCGUGACUCUGACGGCGGGGUGUGUGCGUCAGAAGAGGGCCGAUCAAAGGGCCGUUGCUUCGAGGAGAGCGACAUAGAAGAGGACGAAGACGAUGACCAAGGCCAAGACGAUGUUGAAGUUGAACAAGGAAGACAAUGUGGAGAAAGUGGGCAACAAAGGCCACACAAAGAGGAUGAAGAAUAUGAAGAAGAAGAAGAAGAAGAAGAAGAGGUGGGUGAGGAGAGUGAAGAGGGGGAAGAGAGCGAAGAGUGGGAAGAGGGAGAGGGCAGUGAAAACGGGGACUACGAUGAGGUUAGUGAAGACGAGGCCAGAGAAGACAAAGGUAGUGAAAGCGAAGAGUACGAUGAAGUUAGCAAAGACCAGGGUGGCAAAGACCAGGGUGGCAAAGACCAGGGUAGAGACGACGAGGACGAGGAGAACGUUAAGGAUGGCGACGAGGAAAUGUUUUUGUCAAAAGACGGCAAAAUCAUAUGGUCCUCGAAAACGUAUCACCCCAGUGGCCCCCGAGCCCAUCGGCGUGCCACCGAAAGAGACACAGAAGAACUAGACCGAGGCCAAAGGGGCCGAGACGGCCAACCCGCUUCUGCUUCCGCUCUGCCACCGCCGAGCCGGGGACCUACAGAGUACGCCGCGGAGCGCGUGCGCGACAUACUCUCCGCGUUCCAGCUGUUGGUCACGCAGCAAAUAGAGAAAACGGUGCUGUCCGCGACCAACCUUGAGGGCUGCAGGCGAUACGGCAAGUCCGGCGAGUGGAAAGCGAUGGACGCCACGGACCUGCGAGCCUACCUCGGGUUUCUAAUCCUCGCGGGCGUGUACAGGUCCCGCAACAAGGCCUUGGAGAGCCUGUGGCACGAGGAGAGCGGCAGGGCCAUUUUCCGCGCCACGAUGCCGGUCAAACGGUUCCACUUGUACUCGCAACUGCUGCGCUUUGACGACCGCGAGUUGAGAGCCGAAAGACUAGCCUCGAACAAACUGGCGGCCGUCUGAGACGGGUGGGACGCGUGGACGGGCUGGCUGCUGAGCCUCUACGACCCGGGCCCCGACAUGACUGUGGACGAGCAGCUGGUGCCCUUUCGAGGUCGAUGCGCCUUCCGCCAGUACAUGCCCAGCAAACCCGCCCGGUACGGACUCAAGUCGUGGAUGGCCUGCAACGCCCGCUCCAGCUACGCGUGGAACAUGCAGCUCUACACGGGCAAGUUGGUGAGCGGCAUGCCCGAGAAGAAUCUGGGCUCCCGCGUGUUGCUGGACGUGACAGAGGGCCUGAGGGGCCCGCGGAACGUGACGUGCGACACCUCCUACGCGCUGGCCCAGCGGCUGCUCGCCGAGAGGCGCCUCACAGUGGUGGGCACAAUGCGCAAAAACAAGCCCGAGCUGCCGGGGGUGUUGCUCGCCACCAAGGGCCGUGCUGUCUUUCCGUCCAAGUUCGCCUUCACGCCCAUCGCCGCUCUGGUGUCCUACGUGCCCAAGAGGCACAGGAACGUGGUGCUGCUGAGCACGCUGCACACGGGCAACGAGCGGGUCGGCGCCGGCAGGCAAGCCAAACCCGACAUUAUCCUCCACUACAAGAGCACCAAGGGCGGCGUGGACAACCUGGACAAGCUCGUCGGCACGUACAGCUGCCGCAGGAAGACGGUGCGCUGGCCCCUUGCCCUGUUCCACAAUGUCCUUGACGUGUCCGCCUACAACGCCUUCGUGCUGUGGCGAGAGCUCAGGCCCGAGUGGAUGCGCGGCAAGCUCAACAAGAGGAGGGCGUUUCUCAAACAGCUGGGUAGGGCGCUUGUGACUCCGCUCAUCGAGAGACAUUGGCAUCUGCCUUGCACGGAGGCUUCGGCCGCGCUCGUCAAAGCCGUGGUGGCAAGGUCCGCGGAGGCUGCGAGGUCCGCGGGGGCCAGAUCCGGCGUUUGGCGAGGCCGAGACAAUGGAAACCGGCCGUUGUCGCCGUCGGAGCCGAAGCUCAACUGA